CAAAAUUAAAAUAGCUCUACACCUAUUCAUUUUCAUAUUUGAGGUCUUCUGUAACAUCACCAACACAUCUGUGGACACUGAAGGCUUCUUGUGUACUGGCCUCAGUUAACUUCUCUUUCUUCACAAAGAGUUUGUGACAGGGUUUAUUUUGAUCAAAGAGGUGAACUUGGACAGUCAAAAGAAUGAGCCGGGGAUGAGAUUUGGAAACACUUCCAAGAUAAACUUUGUCCUGGGCACUGGUUUGCUGUGUCUCUUUACGCAGGCUUCUCUGACAGGCAGAGAUCAGGCUCUGCUGCUGAAGACUUGGUCCGACCGCAUGGGUGCCCUCUACAGGAAGAUGAAGAAUACAGGAAGCCGCUGCCUAGGCUACUUUCAGGAGCAGGCAGAGAUGGACAUAAGACAACAGCUCCAUGAGGCCGUGCAGAACCGUGUGACCCCUGAGGACGCGGCGGCAAGCAUCCUGAAAACCCUGGAGCAUAACUAUGAUUGGCUGCACUGGGCAGUGAUGCUCCAUCCUGCUGUGGGACCCACAGAGGACAAGACAGAUGAGGAGACACAGGAAGAAGGUGAACCAGCAGAAGAGCAGUCCAGUAAUUUGCUGUUUGUGGCAUCUGAACCUCCAAUCCCCCAUGUGGCGGCAUGCUACCGUGAUACCCCCAGCUCACUGGAUAAGAGCCGUAUCCACCAGCUGAUCGUGGACCUGGAGUGGAAGAUCCCCAACCCGCCACCUGAGGUGUACAGUUCCAUUGAGGAGGACCCAGACAGGGCACGGCGUUACCUGGCCUCACGCAUGCGGAACAAGCUGCAGAAAGGGCUGGGGUCUGGUGUGGCCGUCCACGUGGUGCCAGGCAGGAUGGAGAUGAAAUGCAACUUCCCUCCAGCCUCCUACUACCUCUACGAGUACAAACACCGGCUAGCUUCAGGCACUGUGUGUGUGUUUGGAUGAAAGGAAACUACCUGUUCUCACACAGAUGUGUCCGAUUACAGCAUCUGUUUCAUUUUUGUUGC